AUGGAGUUACAAGUACAAGUAGAAGGACAAGGAGAGGGAAGUGGACAAGUGAAGAGUGGGUACAUGCUGUUUCUGCAUGAAUUUAAGGCGGGCAAAGAGUUUAGGAAUAGGAGAGAAGAAGUUAGGGAGGGAGCAAAGGCAUGGAGGGAGCUGCCACCAGAGGAGAGGAAGAAGUAUAAUGAUAAAGUGAACAAACCAAAGAAGCAAGGGACGAAGAAGAAGCGGAUGAAAAAAGUUGCUUUUAGCACUCGUUGCUCAGUCCGGCAAUACAAGUCAUUGGUGGAAUUUAUAAAUAGCAAUGACAGAUUGAAAGCCAAGGUACAAAGUUUGGGAUUUGCAAGUUUGCUUGACAUGGGAUGUGAGAGACUCCCUCGUGACCUCAUAGUACGCAUUCUUCGAGCAUAUGAUCCGCCUACUCAUCAAUUUACAAUAAGGGGGAAGAUCAAGGAAAUUGAUGCACAAGAUGUUGCGGAGUUGUUGGAGGUACCCCACACAGGGGAAAAGGUAAGAACGGAUGUGGAUGAUGAUGAUGAAACAUACAAGAGGUUGAAGAAUGAAUAUGGUAAAGUCUCUUUUACCAAGAUACUCAAAGACAUUAAAUCUGGGGAGAAUGAGGAGAAUUUUGAGUUCUUGUUCAUGCUGUACACACUUGGGAGUUUUCUAGCUCCUACCUCACAAACAACAGUGAGUGACAAGCUAGUGAGGGUGAUGUGUUGUACUAUGCAUGAAUUUCACCAAUUUGAUUGGGCCACAUACAUUGUGAACAACUUGUGGAAAGAGAUGGAAGAUUAUGUUGAAGUGUAUAGAAACGUAGGGGAAGACAAUGAUGAAGGGAGUUGCAACGUCGGAGGAUGCAUCUACCUCUUAUUGUUAUAUCUUGCUGAGCGCUUCCCAUUAUCUAAAUCUGUUAGAGAUGGGUCAAUAAGUGCUAUUCAAUUCUGGACUGAUGAGAGGAUAAAGGAGAUGACAAAGAAGGAAAGGCGGAGCAACAGAGGCCUAUUGUAUAAGCAGAAGGGCUCGAAAGUUAGGGUUGGAGAUGAGGAGAGAAGAAGGAGAAGUGUCGCUGACUUACACCCGGAGUUGCAAAGCUUACAUCAAAAGUUGAUGGCUGUAAUUGAUUUAAGCUACAAGAGACUUGUUAGUGCAGUAGAGGAUGAGCUACAUAAGGUGCACAUAACGAUGGAGGAAAAUCAUACUGUGGGAGAUGAGGGCCCUAGUGAAGUUGGAGCUGAAUAUAAGGGAGAAGAUGAAGCUGAUGAUGGUGAUGAUGAAAAUGAGGGAGAUGAUGAUGAUGGACAGGACUCAGGACACAUACCUCAUCAUGGAGAUGACUCGGACGAGGCUGACAUGGUUGAUGUUGAGGAAGAAGGAAUACAAGCAGGAGAUAUGGAUUCCCUUGAUGUUUCCCCCAUGGACAAGAAUGCACAGCCCAGGAGAUCACAGAGGGAGGUGAAGUCGGCCAUAAAUUCUCCAUGGAUUUUGACGAUGCCUGUGAAGAGGAAGAAGAGGAAUAUGGAGGAAAAGGACAAGUUUUUUAACAUGAUAUCCCGCAUGUGUUCAAGGCAGGAGGGUGAUGUGACUUUAGUUAAAAUAUCUGAUGAGGAUAUCACUCGAGAUCAGCUAAGGACACUUGGAGGAAUUGAGAGAAUAGGUAACCGGCUUAUGUUAGUUGUGUGCAAGACUUUACUGGCUGAUAUGAAGAGCGAAGGAGAAGUCAAGCGACACAUAUUUGAUGCUGACUUUAUGGCAAUACUAGCUGCGAACCCAUCUCGGUGGGAUGCUAGAAAACGAGAAAAGCAGUUGCUGCCUGAAUAUGUCGGUUACAACAUAGGAGACUGUGACUUGAUAUUUGGACCUACACUUGUUGGUGCUCACUGGUUUUGUCUUGUGCUUGAGCCUAAGACAAUGAAUUUCUAUGUGCUGGACUCAAUGAAGCCAAGUUUUCCUGCUAAGAAGAGUAAGAAGAAAGGUGCAGCUGAUGAUGAUAUGAUGACUGUGGUGACCGGAUGUAGGGAUCGAUUUUAUGAUAUGAUUGAGAUAGUAAAGCCCAAUACCAUUGGAAAGAAGCAGAUGAGUGACAUUAUUUGGGCCCCUGUUCCUCAACAGAACAAUCUGCGAGACUGUGGCGUUCAUGUUUUAAUAUGGUUGAGCAAAUGGGAGCCCGGUGUGACGCUUGACUACGGUGAAGAACAUGUUGCUGAUUUCCGACGAAACCUAAUGUGGUGGCUUGUUAAUCAUGAGCUCAAUUCAAGACGUGAAGAAGCAUUGAACUUGCUGUCAUCCCCAGAACCCACACCGAGGAAAAGCAGCGUGCAUCACGGCAGUAAAUGA